UGUUCAGAUGCAUGUGAGGUCAGCCCUUCUACAGCUGUAUUGUACAUACUGUCCCUACUUGAUUUUUUAAAGUAUUUAUUCAAGUUUGUUUAUUGACCAUUGAAUGACAGUCAAUAUCAAGAAGGCGUGCUUUAAUGACAUGGUGUACCCCAAAAUAUGAUAAUGAGCAUGCUAUUGAGAUGGAACCCCAAACUUCUGUGUUUUGCACCUUUAAAACUUUCAGACUAGCUGCAAAAUCAUGAAGCUGUUGAGGGAACCUUAUCCUUUUCCUAGUUUCUUUCCAAGUGACUGCAUUUACUAGGCAUGCUCAGCAGUAGCUUCAUGCAGUGCUGGAUUACAAUUCUGUAGCUGCUGCACACCAAGUAGAGGACUGCAAGCAUGGGGGGACUCACAAGGUUAGGCAGUCUGAUUUGAGAAGAGUUGAUGUCUGACACCAGCCAGGAAUAAUAUCCCUCCAUGAUGAAAGACCCUUUGAAAGUAAGGUUUGCCCCGGCAUAGCUGUUCCUCCAGGAAGCACAGCAUGUUCAGCGUAGAGGACCUCCUAGUUUCUCAUGGGUACAGAGUGUCGAAGAGCACGCUUUCCACAUAUCAGCACAGGACUGACGGCUACCAACAUGAAGCUACAGACACGAAGCCUCGCAAUGGCAUGUUAAAUGGAUAUCCGCCGGACCUUCCAGACACUAAUGCUGUGAACCCUGCUCCAACCAAGAACCUCUUCAGUGACCAUGAGAAGGGUUGUGUGAACAAGAGAAGGCAGAUUUCUUCUGCAGGUUAUCCCAGGAGCACUCAGUCUACAGACGCAUGUCAGACUACAGACACGGGAGCUCCUGAAAGGCUUCAAACUGAAAAGCCAUGCUGGGCAAGGUCAGAUAAAGAUAUACAGUACUGGAGAAGGAGAGGCCAGGAUUUCAGUGUUUUUGUAAACCAUGUCGGCAAUAGACCAACUUGUGAAAAUUCUGCAUCAUCCACAGAUAUUGAAGGAAAGAGGAAAUGUAAUUUUAUAGAUAAAAACAGCAAGGAAUUUCACAAUACAGCAGCUGAGAAUGUGGAUAAAGUUAAGCAAAAAAUAAGAGUGAGUCCAAAAUCAUCAGACAGCCAAAUGUCAGAUGGCAGUUGCGAAAAGCUAGAGUUUAUCCCCUCGAUUCUCGAAGAUGGAUCAUUCUUGGGUCCAAGUAAACAGAAAUGUCAGUUGAUGCCAAAAGUUUUGCCUGAAGGUCCAUGUCAUAUGGCUAUAUCUUCAACUACGGGUGAUAGUUCUUUUGUAAAGGAAAAUAAAAUACCUCACAUGGAUAAUUAUGUUGGACAAAAGGACUUUAAAAGUGUGUUCUUAAAUUCGAAAUAUAGUCGACCUUCAAAGCCACCCUCAUAUGAACUUCACCAGCAAACGUGGGGAGCUGUGGAUGUAACUGAAACACAGGAAAACCAACAAAAAGAGGAACACAAUUCAUCUCCUAAAGUGUUAGAGGCCCCCCAGGAAUCCUGCUUUCAUGACUCAGGCAUGGAACCCCCUCAUUAUAUACCUCCUCCAUCAUAUAAGUCCCCACCUCUCCUACAUGCAGCUAAUCAACCUUUUAAAAAAGUGCCUCGCUCAAGUGAUUGCCAAAAUAUUUCGGUAGAGAAAACUAGCACAAGUGACAAAAAGCCAACCUGUUGUCUUGGGAAUAAUGCUCCAUUCACUAAACCUUCCACCCACAGACAUUCUGAACAUUGUAAACACUCUGUGCAAUAUAUCUCUUUUAAUGAUCCACGUAUAAAACAUAUAGCAGGUGCCCAGGAGGCAGAAAAACAAAAUCACAGUAAAAAACACAAUGACCAUUUUAGACUUGAGCAAUGUGGUAAAGAAAGUAAUUUUCGGAAGCGAGAACAUGACAGUGCCUUUAUCAAUCCUAGAAAUGCAGGCCAUCAUUUUGUAAAAAGAGAGGGUAUAAAACACAAGCAAUGGUUGCACAUCUCCAUCCCCGAUCAAAUGUGCUAUCCUCUCCCGGAAAAUAGAGAUGGAGCUACUGCUUGCAGUUUACCGGAAGACAGUGAGCCUACUCACAAACUGUCUCUGAAAAAGACCCAUUCUGACAGCGCUUGUGAAACUGUGACAAAAGUUAAAAAGUUUGAGCCCGAAUCAUUUGUUUUUAGCAAAAAAAGUUCAAAGAGAAAACUGAAUGAAACAAUAUUUUGCUUGGUCUCCAUUCCUGUUAAAGCUGACUCUGCCACAUCAGAUAUGUCUAAGAGCAACAACCGUAUAGCAGACAAUGUGGACAGGAUGAACAUGUUAAAACAUAGCAACGGGGGUCUACAUGAGCAAAGGCUUUUAAGUGCAUCUUCCAGUGACUUAGAGCUGCAAACACUUACAGGAAGCAUGAACAAUAAUACUGAGCUACUAAACCAAGCCCAGUCUAAAACAGAGGAAAAUAAACAAGCAAAUGACCUCAGAUCUGGUGAGCAGAGGAAACACAAAGAACUGACAUAUUCUGGCUCCUGGCCAGGAGAUCAGUACAAAGAUCAACAAACUCAAACAGUUUUUACAGAUAUUCCGACUACCCCACUUUAUAAUGGUACAAAAGAAAGUGAACUCGAAAACAAAUCCCAAUUCGUUCCUUCAGGUGCAUUGGGAGAUCCACAAAGACAUCCAGAAAAUGCCAGACCAAAUAUAUUUGGUAUAAAAGGUCACGUUAGCUUUGCCCCAUCUACAAAUAGCGCAUUCUCCAGGACAUCUUUUUUGUUGACACAGAUACCUAGAACAGAGCCAUGCCAAACGUUUGAACUGCCAAAUGCAAGUACUGAUGGAAAAGAAAAAAAUGUCAAGUGUGAAAAGAAUGAGUUUGAAGAAGACAAUCCAUGCAAUAAAAAAGAGAUUUUUGGACAGUUCCUUUUAAAACCUGUAAACCGACGACCAUGGGAUGCUAUAAGUGAACUAGAAAGUAUGAAUAAAGAGUUUCAGGAUCAAGAUAGCUGUACUAAUGCUAAUAAUGGAGAAAGGAACGUAGUGAAAGAGCAAAGUAGCAUGACAGAGCAAAGUAAGGUUACCCAGGUGGACUUUCCUUCAACACGGACAGCAUUAAGGAGAGAAAUGUUGAGCAACAAUAGGCAUAUUAUAGAGGUUGAAGAAGUGCCAAUGUUUGAGAUUCUUCGGGAUCAAAGUAAGUUAGAUAAUUGGUGCACAGAGAAGUUGACGUAUCACAGUAGUGAGAUUGGUGCUGAGUUAUGCAAGUCUUCAAAGAUUAUUGAGGUGAAGAAUAAGGCCGUUAAGUUGUUAGAUGGAUGUUUAACAGGAGAAACACAAGUUCUAGCAAAGAAAGCAGUAGACAAACUGGCUACAAACACUGGAGCAAUGACUAAAUCAGAACAGGAACAACCAGGGCAAACACAUUCAAGUAAAAUCCCCAUCAAUAAAAAACAGCUUUCCACAAAUGCAGGCUUUAAUCAUUUUAAAGAAGACAAAACAUGUUUUGACCGUACGUUUUUUGACAUUGUGAAGGUCAGCUGCGCAAAAUUUGGCCAACUAGGGGACAAUGUGAUCCGAAAGUUGUCAUUAGCUGACAGAAAUCAUGGACAUUCUGUUCCAGACCUAAGUAAGCAGUUCGUCAGCACAAGUAGCAAUGGAGACUUUUAUGAGGAGCACAAUUAUUUGGAUAUUCCUGAGAAUGAGUCUCUACAUGAGAGAGCUGCAAGAAUUCUUGGAAUUGAUGUAGCAGAAGAUUGCCUGGUGUCAAAUGGGAGCUCUGAAACUCAAAGUCCCGAAAAUGUGCUUCCUGGUCUACAACCAGACAUGAGUACCAGAGAGAAAAAAAUAAGUGAAAUCUUUUUCCCUACAAAAGAGAUGACAGGGAUAUUCAAGAGUGUCCUACAGUUGCCUUUAGACAAUGGGAAAGCUGCUGAGAAAUUAAAAGAUAUUUAUCAACAUCAAGGAUCCACCUUUUUCAUGUCAGUCUGUUCAGAACACAGUGAGACAACCAUUCCUAGCAGUGCUGAAAAAAGAGUAAGGAACCCAUCCAAGAAAAUUGAAACUUUACAGGGGAAGCUUGCCUCUACACCUGUUCGGACUGCUAUAGAUCGCCUUGCUCGAAUGAAAGAGGUUGAUUCUGUUUCACGUAUGAGGCGGUUAAGUAUUAAAAGCACAGAUUCAGGUGAUGAAUUUGAUGAAGAAAAACAGUUCCAUGGCUUGCAAGAUGGAAAAACAAGGAAAUUUUCCACUGGCUCAAUUUAUAAAAGAGUGAUAUCCUUGGAUGAGAGUCUACUCUUAAUACCAAAAGGAAAAGAAAAGUUGGAUCUAUCCUGCACAGAUGCCUAUGACCCAGCAAGAGUGGAAAGAGUUUAACUUUGACAAUUUGAUACAGUGUCAGUGUAUAUGUACCGAAAGAUCCAGAUGGCUAUUUUACCUUGUCUUCUCAACUGAAGUAUUUUUAUGGCAUACCCACACUGCUAUUACUACUGCCAAGUGAAUGGAACUUGUCAUCUUCACUGUACAUAAGUAGAAGGAUACAUGGAAUUUACUGGGAGAGUCUUUUUUGUAAAAAGCACACUAAAGAGAUUUCUGGCCAACUCUUACCAAUGAGGUCUGUAAACAUAACUCAUUUUUGACUUGCCCAUUGUAUGUCAUGGUUCCAAUGAAUGUAGUAUUUAACCCUGCAUAGGUAUGACGAUGGAGGCUUGUAACAACCUGAAUGUAUCCACACCAACUACACCAACGCAUUGCAUGGACUGGGAGAGCCUGUUCCUUUCUUUUUUUACCUACUUGGAUGCUUGUACUUUGCUGCAUUUUUGACGGAUGGCUAAACACGUAAUGAAUCCAACUCAUCACACAUCAUUAAACCUCUUCACUGAUGACAGCUCUGUGAAGAAAAAAAGAACUCUGUUUUCAAGAACCUAUGUGUGUUUCAUGAAUGCAAAAACCCUUCUAAACAACAGCUCGGAAAGAGAAUGAACAUGUCUAAUUGGAUGUGUGUCUAUUCUGUCGGAGAACCGCAACAUGUUUUGACUGUGGGGGAGGUUUUAAAGACCUAUAGGAAAAAGAACUGGCUGCAAUGUAGAGUGUGGAUUUUCUUCUUCAUAGAGAUAUCAGCAAACAUCACGUUGACAGCUGAUUUUUCCAAAGGUGGCAAGACUUGCUACUUGUAAUGAUCAGUAAAUUAAUUUCAAAUGGGGAGAGUUUGCCAAGAGUAAUAAAGGAGUGGCAAAGGACCUGAAAUGUCACAAAGGGUUUGAUACCAUCAAGAGAGCUAGUGAAAUAUUACACAUCUCAAAUCAUAGACAGUUGUAUGUCUAGAUCUACAAGACUCAAUGUUCCUUCCUUUGUAGCUCUUCUGGUUAAUCUUAUGUCAUGGGGUAGCAUUUAAUGCAAAGUACAUGUACAGUUUUUUUUUUCAAGAUAUAUCACCUUACCUCUCGGCAUAAAAAAUGGAAGGGAAACAGCACUUAUGAUCGAUAUAAUACCCUUAAAGUUUCAGUGUUGGCUUUUUUUACAUGCAUUGAGUCUACAUAUACGAUGGUUAUUUCUAAAUAAUGAAUAGAGGGCUAGCCCUGUGACUACUAGCACUUCAUUCAUAUGACACAAGAGUAAGUCUCAAGUGGCUUCUAACAUGCAGUCUGUUCCAAGAUACGUUCAGAAAUUCAACUUGACCAUUUAUGGAUGGAAGCAUUUUAUUGUGCCUGAUACUUGUUUGUUCUGUUGUAUAUAAGGAAGAAGAGGUGAGCACUGUUGCGUCUUAUAUAUUAUAUACUAGGCCAUUACUUUGUGUAUAAAAUAUAUAUAUGAACCAUCUAUCAUUCUAAGGGAAGCCAUUUAAAAGCAAUAUUGUUACAUUGAAAGCCGUACAUUCAUAUACAUGCAUUCAUGUUGUUGCCGACAUGACUUUUGCAAAUGGAUAUGCCGCUACAUGUCAUACCUCCAUUCGCGUUAUCAGUGCCUGCUUCCUUCAUUCAUGAUUUCUGCCUUAUUCUGCCAUUGUACUUUGCAAAGCACAUGAAGCUAUAGAAUAUAUAUUGACUGUGAUAUAUUCUGCAAGAAUCUCCAUUACUUGGAAAAAGGUCUAGCUAACCUCUUGCUUUGUGGUUGCUGCAGAACGUCAUGUUCUAGCCUACAGAAUCUGGUAGUUUGCAGUAGAUACAUGGACAGUGGUUGCAUUCCUCUGCACUAGAAUGAAUAUAUAUGUGUGUAUGUGUCUUGUCUCUUAGUCAUAGUUAUAAAAUGCUAUUAGUUUAAGUGCCUAUGUUUGCCACCACCUGGUCACAUAUGCAAGUAAGAAAUAGACCAUACAUCCAAAGACAUCUGCUUUGUCAUUCCAAAGCUGUGCCAUUGCAUUUCAUAUUGACUAGCACUUUAAUAACGCAAAUGUGUCAUUUUUGGUGGUACAUGCCCUUUCUAAGAUAAGACACAUCAGCGCUCACCAUUCUUGUUGUGUAUAUGUAGUGAUAAUCAAAAAUACAAUGAGUGAAGUCGUGAUAUUUCGAUAAUGCUGACUACAUCUCUCCUUGGUCAUGCGCUUAAUCAGAUCUAUAUUGGGCUUAAUACAAGGUAAAUGUCAACCUGAGAACAUCUUCUACAUCAGUCCUUGAUUUUCAUGGGGCAGAUAUCAAUAUCUUGUUAAGUGCAGUAAAUAUAUGUAUUUCUAGAAAACACACUAAACACUUCCAUUUUCCAGUCUGGCCAGUAGUAACAUACAAGGACAUCCCCCAAUCAUCAGUUUACCUCUAGUCUACGAGCCUCCUGCCAAAGUAAUGUGAUAUAGUAAGGAAGAUCUUGGUGGAUUAUUAAUAGUUUUGGUCUUUUGACAGUUUGCAGUUGAAAGGGGUGCGGGGUGGUGUUUCCUAAUCUGGUCCUUGUAGAACCCCAAAAUGCCAACUCUUGGUGAUUUCCUUGAUAUUUCACAGGUAGAUUUUAGUUUUAUUAGGCUAACAAUUUUCACGUGUGUUUUCUCAAUGGGAACUCCUGAAGAAAUGGCCUGUUGGGUUUCCCUGGGGACUGUAUUGGGAAACACUGCUCUAAAUAAAGAGACUGGGCCAAAUGCUACAUAUUUGUUCAGUUUUCUCUCAGUUAUCAUUCUUUACAUGGCCUGCCCCAGUGCUACAUUGAGUUAACGUUUAAUUUCCCCUGCUUUGGCACUACAGUAAAACUGAGCACCCAGCAGUGGAACACCUUAUGAUCAGCUUAUUGUUGAUAGACCAGUCUAACAAAACAAACAUUUUCCAAAGUGGAUUUCACCUUUAAAUGUGGUUAAUAUGUAGAAUGAUGAAGCUAAACGGUGCAUAGUGGCUCAAAUGUAUUGCCGUCAUUAGAUAAAUCUUUGCAAUACAUACAAACAGGUCUAAUCUUUUUCCGGUGAUGAGUAUGACGCAGCUUUUUAUAUGUUAGCAAAGUUACGGUAUGUCUUUUUUUUUUAAUAAAAGGAUGUGAAAUACUGUAUGUACAGCACUAGUGCAAUCUAAAUGGAGUUGCCACUGAAUAUAAUUGCAUAUGGAUGCUACAUGUAUAGAGGUGUAAGCUACAAAUAUGUAACAUUAUCUCAUGUCAAACAGCUCUUUAUAGAGGGUUUUUAUCAUUUGGGAAAUGUAAUACCAUUUAGAACAUUUUAAGGAAUACCAGGGUAAACAUUUUGUAAAUGAGAUUUUAAAUUAAAACAGGACUGUGCUCAUGAAUCAUUAUAGUACUGCGGGCAGUCUUUCUUAUGUAGGUUCAGCUGCUUAUAAGAGGUAGCGAGAUUGAGAGCCAUGUUAUCUCCCAUAUUUUUAUCACACAGUCACCCAGAAGGUUGUUUCUCCAUCUCUUGUCUCCCCCGUGGUCAGUCACAAGUCAUCCCUCUCACAAUGCAGAGAUAUAUUUGCAUCUGUGCUUGUUGAGUGUGAAACGUCAUCUGGUAUCAAUCACAGGGGCAGACCAAAGCUCAUUCAGAAGGCCAUAUGAAUGAGUCCGAAUUGCAGAACGGACGCGGACCGCAUCCUUGGUUUCAUUCUACGGCCCCUCAAAAAAGAUAGAGCAUGUCAUAUUCUUGUCCUCAAUUAUAGUAACAGUAUAUAAGGCCGAAAAAAGACAUUUGUCGAUCCAGUUCGGCCUGUUAUCCUGCAAGUUGAUCCAGA